AUUUGAAUUUGUUUGUUCCAUUUUUCCCUUGCAUUCAAACUAUAUUUCUUUUUCUAAAUUGGCUAAAUGAGUUCAUUUAUUGCGUAUUUCAAAUAAAAAAAUAAAUGGUGACGUGGAUGAGAUUUACAUUUGUUCGAGAUAGUUUUUUUGAUAAGCUUUUUGUGGCGAUUUGGCAUGAGUUAUAAUAAACUGAACUGGAACUAAAUCAAUUUUUUUUCUCUCAAACUUAUCUCUAUUAGGGACAUUUUGAACGGCUACUAAUAAUGAAUAUCCACGAAGUAAAUGGAAAGCAUGAAAGUGUACAAAAUUUUUGCGAACUAGGAAAAGAUGCACAAGAGCUUAUAAACGCAGCGAUUGAAGCUAGAAAAUUUUCGUACAGCCCAUAUAGCAAAUUCAAGGUUGGAGCUGCCAUUCGGGUGGGCGAUGGCUCGAUUAUCUCUGGGUGUAAUGUGGAGAAUGCUGCAUACAGUCCUUCUAUUUGUGCAGAGCGAACUGCUGCUUGUAAAGCAAUAAGUACAGGCCAUAGUGAAUUCAAGGCAGCCGCAGUUGUUGCAUUUCAACAGGAUUCAUUCACCACACCAUGUGGUGUCUGUCGUCAAGUUCUAUCCGAAUUCGCUAAGGAGGAUAUCCCCAUUUAUGUUGCUAAACCAUCACCGGUUAGAGUUCUAGUAACUUCUAUCAAAUCUCUGCUUCCACACUCUUUCGUACCAUUGCCCACUGACUGAGACAGAGUGACAUUCAAAGAAAAACAAAAAUAGAUAGAUCGUUCAGGUAUUGCUGUGUUACCAGUAUCCGCGUAUUCUUUUUAUUUAAAUCAUUAUUAUAAAUCAAUUUAAUGUAUUUUCCACAAUAAAGAAACAAUCUUCGACUAACGAA